ACCGUCUUUGGUACCCUUACCGGUCCAGUGCUUUGGGGGUAGAGGAUGACAUGUGAGGAAAUUAGCGAAGUACGAUUGUUGAGGUAGGUUCGGGACUGACCUCGGCAAACUGAGGACCCGUACUUCCUGUUUUUUGAACUUUGAACUCUCAUUUCUGACACGUUAGCACCUCAUUUCUCCAUUUUUUUGGUCAAUCUUUACAUGGAUUCUCUGCCACCUCUGCCCUUGUGCCCGUGACUUCAACUGGGUUUCUUUCUUGAUUUCGUUCAUCAGUUAAUUUGCGUAAAUAGAGUGACCGUCAUCGUUUGGGAGCCGAAUUUCCAUUAGAGCAAUUUUUUAGCUCAUCAUCAAUGGCAGAACUGAAGGAACGCCUACUUCCACCAAAACCGGCUUCUAGUGUUAACCUUGGAGACCCUUCUUAUCGCCCAUUUAAUGCAGGACGUCAACCUUUUCAAGGCAUGGAUUUUUCAGGGUUAAAGAAACGGGGCCAAGGUGUUAGAUCAUGGAUUUGUGUUGAUACAUCUGGGAAUUCCCAUAUUAUGGAGGUUGACAAGUUUACUAUGAUGCGUCGUUGUGAUUUACCUGCCCGUGAUCUGCGCCUACUUGAUCCUUUGUUUGUUUACCCUUCGACAAUUCUCGGCAGAGAGAAGGCCAUUGUUGUAAAUUUAGAGCAGAUUCGUUGUAUUAUCACUGCAGAUGAGGUUCUACUCUUAAAUUCCCUCGAUAGCUAUGUACUGCAGUAUGUGGUGGAGCUACAACGACGGCUGACAACAGCUGGAGUGAAUGAAGUCUGGCAGUCUGAAAGUAAUGAUCCCAACAGGAGACGAAAUAGGAAUUUUGACAAUGUAUAUGGGAAUACAUCGCCUGAUUACUUGCCCUUUGAGUUUAGAGCUCUUGAAAUUGCUUUGGAAGCUGCUUGUACAUUUCUUGAUUCUCAGGCUGCAGAAUUGGAAAUUGAAGCAUAUCCAUUACUAGAUGAACUAACAUCAAAAAUUAGUACACUAAACUUGGAACGUGUGCGCCGACUGAAAAGCAGACUUGUAGCGCUGACUCGAAGAGUACAGAAGGUUAGAGAUGAGAUAGAGCAGCUAAUGGAUGAUGAUGGAGAUAUGGCAGAAAUGUAUCUCACUGAGAAGAAAGGGCGAAUGGAGGCAUCAUUUUAUGGUGAACAGUCCCUUAUGGGAUACAAAUCAAAUGACGGGAUGCAAUCUGUUUCGGCUCCUGUAUCGCCAGUUUCUUCUCCCCCUGAUUCCCAUAGGCUUGAGAAAAGCUUGAGCAUUGCGAGGAGCAGGCAUGAAAGCAUGAGGAGUAUGGAAAGUAAUACUGAUAGCGUUGAGGAGCUCGAGAUGUUGCUGGAGGCAUACUUUGUUGUUAUCGAUAGCACCCUCAACAAGUUGACAUCGUUAAAGGAGUAUAUUGAUGACACCGAGGACUUCAUCAACAUUCAGCUGGAUAAUGUCCGAAACCAGUUGAUCCAAUUUGAGCUGCUACUGACAACGGCUACAUUCGUUGUUGCCAUAUUUGGGGUUGUAGCUGGAAUAUUUGGAAUGAACUUUGCAAUACCAUUUUUUGAUGAUGCUGGUGCAUUUAAAUGGGUGCUAGUAAUUACGGGAGUUUGUGGAAUCAUCAUAUUUUGUGCAUUUGUAUGGUUCUUUAAAUACAGAAGACUCAUGCCACUGUAGACAAUAGGAAAAGGAAUUUAUACAUAGCAAAUAUUAUUAUUUCCCUUAUUAAUUAAUUUGUACCUUGUACAGUCAAUCAAAUUUAGAAAAUGGGAAAGACGUCUCUCCUCCCCUCAAUGAGGCAUUUCUUCCA